UCCUGAUCGGCCAGGCACCGGCCACUCUCUCACCUAAGGGGCUGCUGGUGGCUUUGGGCUGCUCACCAUGGCUUUCCACAGGCACACAGGGCCUGGCAGCUACACCGUGGGCACCAUGUCGGAGCGCUUCGACUGCCACUACUGCCGGGAGCCGCUGCAGGGCAAGAAGUACGUGCAGAAGGAGGGGCGGCACUGCUGCGUCAAGUGCUUCGACAAGAUCUGCGCCAACACCUGCAUCGAGUGCAAGAAACCCAUCGGGGCCGACUCCAAGGAGCUGCACUUCAGGAACCGCUACUGGCACGACAGCUGCUUCCGCUGCUUCAAGUGCUACACGUCCCUGGUCAACGAGCCCUUCAUGCUGAGGGAGAACAACAAGGUCUGGUGCAGCAACUGCACAGCUGCUGAGGAUGCACCCAGGUGUAAGGGCUGCUUCAAGCCUAUUAUUGCAGGAGACCAAAACGUCGAGUACAAGAAGAUGGUCUGGCACAAGGACUGUUUCACUUGCAGCCAGUGCAAGAAAGUGAUUGGAUCUGGGAGCUUCUUCCCCAAGGAUGAUGACUUCUACUGUGUCUCCUGCCACGAGCUUAAGUUUGCCAAGACCUGUGCUAAAUGCAAGAAUCCCAUCACUUCUGGAGGCCUCACUUACCAGGAACAGCCUUGGCAUUCCGAGUGUUUCAUCUGCUCCAACUGCAAGAAGCAGCUGGGUGGGAAGCGCUUCACCGCCGUGGAGGAUCAGUUCUACUGCGUGGAAUGCUACAAGGAGUGCGUGGCCAAGAAGUGUGCUGGCUGCAAGAACCCCAUCACAGGAUUUGGAAGAGGAACCAGUGUGGUUAACUACGAGGAUGAGUCCUGGCACGAUUACUGUUUCAAGUGCACGAGGUGUGCCCGGGGCCUGGCCAACAAGCGCUUUGUCCGCCACGACGGAAAGAUUUACUGUGCCGAGUGCCCCAAGCGCCACUAG